AUGGCACAAUGUUUUAGGGACAACCGACAGGGGAGGUACCGUCAGAGGAGGUACCGUCAGAGGACAACCGACAGAAGAGGUACCGACAGAGGAGGUACCGUCAGAGGACAACCGACAGAGGAGGCACCGUCAGGGGACAACCGACAGAGGAGGUUCCGUCAGGGGACAACCGACAGAGGAGGGACCGUCAGAGGACAACCGACAGAGGAGGUACCGUCAGAGGACAACCGACAGAGGAGGUACCGUCAAGGGACAACCGAGAGAGGAGGUACCGUCAGGGGACAACCGACAGAGGACAACCGACAGAGGAGGUACCGUCAGAGGACAACCGACAGAGGAGGUACCGUCAGAGGACAACCGACAGAGGAGAGGACAACCGACAGAGGAGGUACCGUCAGAGGACAACCGGCAGAGGAGGUACCGUCAGAGGACAACCGACAGAGAAGGUACCGUCAGGGGACAACCGACAGAGGAGGUACCGGCAGGGGACAACCGACAGAGGAGGUACCGUCAGAAGACAACCGACAGAGGAGGUACCGUCAGAGGAAAACCGACAAAGGAGGAACCGUCAGGGGACAACCGACAGAGGACAACCGACAGAGGAGGUCCCGUCAGGGGACAACCGACAGAGGAGGUACCGGCAGGGGACAACCGACAGAGGAGGUACCGUCAGGGGCCAACCGCCAGGGGACAACCGAAAGAGGACAACCGACAGAUGAGGUACCGUCAGAGGACAACCGACAGAGGAGGUGCCGCCAGGGGACAACCGACAGAGGAGGAACCGCCAGGGGACAACCGACAGAGGACAACCGACAGAGGACAACCGACAGAGGAGGCACCGUCAGAGGACAACCGACGGAGGAGGAACCGUCAGGGGACAACCGACAGAGGAGGUACCGCCAGGGGACAACCGACAGAGGAGGAACCGCCAGGGGACAACCGACAGAGGAGGAACCGCCAGGGGACAACCGACAGAGGAGGAACCGCCAGGGGACAACCGACAGAGGACAACCGACAGAGAACAACCGACAGAGGAGGAACCGUCAGAGGACAACCGACAGAGGAGGGACCGUCAGGGGACAACCGACAGAGGAGGUACCGGCAGGGGACAACCGACAGGGGACAACCGAAAGAGGAAAACCGACAGAGGAGGUACCGUCAGGGGACAACCAACAGAGGAAGUACCGUCAGAGGACAACCGACAGAGGAGGUACACCGUCAGAGGACAACCGACAGAGGACAACCGACAGAGGAGGAACCUUCAGAGGACAACCGACAGAGGAGGUACCGUCAGGGGAGAACCGACAGAGGACAACCGACAGAGGAGGUACCUUCAGAGGACAACCGACGGAGGAGGAACCGUCAGGGGACAACCGACAGAGGAGGUACCGUCAGGGGCCAACCGCCAGGGGACAACCGAAAGAGGACAACCGACAGAGGAGGUACCGUCAGGGGACAACCGACAGAGGACAACCGACAGAGGAGGUACCGACAGAGGACAACCGACAGAGGAGGUACCUUCAGAGGACAACCGACAGAGGAGGUACACCGUCAGAGGACAAUUUAAGAGAUUAG